AUGGGUACCAAAUCCCGUCGCGCAAAAUCGCCGACCACUCCGAACGGUUCCCUCGGGCGCGCCUCUGGGACGAAAACGAACGGUCAACUUGCCAAGAUGAACACCAACGUCGAGCUGCUGCGCCGCAACAUAUCGCACGAGACCUCUACCACGGAGGGUGCUACCGCAAAUCUCAUGGCCCGCGAGUCCUUUUCCCUCGACGACCCCGUCCCCAAGACGCCGACCGUCAACCACCAUGGCUUCUUCGACCUGCCAAAGAAAGACCAGCGGAACUUUGGCCUGCUGGUCCUCCUCUAUUUCCUCCAGGGCAUCCCCCUCGGUCUGGCGACAGGCUCCGUCCCGUUCCUUUUGAAAAAUCACAUGUCAUACGGCGAGAUCGGCAUCUUCAGCCUCGCAUCGUACCCCUACUCUCUGAAGCUCUUCUGGAGCCCCAUCGUGGAUGCGGUCUGGAGCCCCAAGAUCGGCCGAAGGAAGAGCUGGAUCCUCCCGAUCCAGCUGCUCUCCGGGAUAGGCAUGCUGUGGCUGGGGUCGAGGGUCGAGGGCAUGAUGGAGUCGAUGGGGAAGCCCGGCGGUCCGACCGUCUGGGGCUUCACCGGCUGGUGGUUCUUCCUGGUGCUCAUGUGCGCCACGCAGGACAUCGCCGUGGACGGGUGGGCCUUGACGCUGCUUACCCCGGGCAACGUCUCGUACGCCUCGACGGCGCAAACUGUCGGUCUCACCGCCGGGCAGUUCCUAUCCUACACCGUCUUCCUGGCUUUCCACUCCAGGGACUUCGCCAACCGCUGGUUCCGCACCGAGCCGCUCGACCACGGCCUGAUAAGCCUCGGAGGCUACCUCACCUUCGCGGGCUGGGCCUACAUCAUCGUGACGAUUGGCCUGGCCGUCAUCAAACGCGAGGAAAAGACCAAGAACGAAGACGGCAUCUGGGACGUGUACAAGAUCAUGUGGGGCGUGCUCAAGCUCAGAAACAUCCAAUCCAUCAUCCUGGUCCACCUCAUCGCCAAGAUUGGCUUCCAGGCCAACGACGCCGUCACAGGCCUCAAGCUCCUCGACAAGGGCUUCGGCACCGAGAACAUGGCGCUCACCGUGCUCAUCGACUUCCCCUUCGAGAUCGGCCUGGGCUACUACGCAGGCAAAUGGUCGCAAGAAUACACCCCGAUGCGCCUCUGGUGCUGGGGCUUCGCGGGCCGCCUGGCCGCCGCCGUGCUCGCCCAGCUGACCGUCUCAAUCUUCCCCGCCGGCGGCGUGACGACCUGGUACCUGCUCGCCGUCAUCGCGCAGCACGUCUUCUCGACCUUCACCAACACCAUCAUGUUCGUCGCCGUCGCCGCCUUCCACGCGCGCAUCGCCGACCCCGUCAUCGGCGGCACCUACAUGACCCUCCUGGCAACCGUGUGCAACUUGGGCGGCACCUUCCCGCGCUUCUUCGUCCUGCGCAUGGUCGACGCCUUCACGAGCGCGACCUGCUUCCCCUCCGAAAGCUCCAAAACCGCCAUCACCAUCACGACGCCCUUCAGCUGCGCCGUGCAGGCCGACAAGGAGCGCUGUCUGGCGGGCGGCGGCGUUUGCGAGAUGCAGCGCGACGGCUACUACAUCGUCAACAUUCUCUGCGUGCUCAUCGGCGUCGUCACCUUCGUCCUGUUUAUCCGGCCCAAGGUGUUGCAGCUCCAGGCUCUGCCGCUCAGGGCUUGGCGUCUGUCCUCCGCCCCUUCAUCAAGCAAAUACUGA